AGUUGGGUCUGCAUAAUGGGUACAACAUCUCCUCACUGGAAGCAAGGUAUCAAAAUGAAGACUCUUUAUAACUACGGAGGAUUCCUUGCAAUAUUUCCUUACCUUCCAUAUGGAAACAUGAGCACUGAAGAGGCGAUUUCAAUGGACCUCCCUCAAAGUACAUUGAAGGGCCGUAACUCGAGUGAAUGCAUAGCUCUGUUGGACAGAAGUGUGCCUGAAGUUCUUGACUAUAUAUAUAUUGCCAACUACACCAGCCCCGCGAUUAAAAAAGAGGUGGAAGACAUUGCGGGACGAGUGAUAGAGGCGUUGAAUGAAACGCUUCAAUGCAGUAGCUGGGUGACCCCUACAUUGCUAGAAAGCUUCCAGCAAAAGUUGAAAGAAAUACCAGUGAGAGUAGGAUACCCGGACAAGCUGUUGGACAUGUCAGCACUUGAAGCUCUCUACAAAUAUGUACCACACUUUCCUUCGGAUAUUCCAUUCACAGAAGCCUUGUAUUACAUUAGCCAAAAUGCAUACAAAAUGCAAUUGCGCAAGUUUCGUUAUCCACAAGAGGGCAAUUGGCGUUGGGCCAGCAGUCCAAGAAAUGAUCGCCCGCUUCACGACAAGUAUGGAUCGAAAGUUGAAAUUCCCUACAGACUCUUCACACCUCCAUUUUUUCAGCAAGGACAUCCAAGCUCAAUGAACUACGGUGGCAUCGGCGGUGUGAUUGGUUACGAGCUGGGUUAUGCCUUCGUCCAAGGGGUCAGUGUGUGCAUGCGCAAGAGAACAUGUAAAUGGCCCAUCAUAAAGCAAUCCUCUGAACUGUUUGACAACCAAACUGAAUGCUUCGAGAAGCAAUACGAAGAGGCCAACGAAAAACUGAUUUCGGUGAGAACUUCAUUGUAUUCUUGUUCGGUAAACACCAAUGGCUUCAAAGAUGUGUAAUCAGAAUUCUAAAUA